AUGUGGUGUGAUGAGUCGGUCUGGACCGCUGUGCAUGAUAGCAAUGAAGAAGCAGAGGAGGAGGAGCAGAAUGAUGACUCCUUCAUGUCUGAUCUCUUUUCUCGUCUGGGAUUUUAUACACAUAGUACACGCGAAUCUACAUCAGAAGCGGAUACACCGAUACGCCCGACUACUGAACGCAGUAACAAUCAAGGACGCCGUACAUGCGAAUCUACACCAGUAACAGAUACACCGACACGUCCGAGAACUGCUCGCAAUAAGCCUAGUUUGCCUUCAGCAACGGAAACACCGAGACGCCCGAAAAAUGCACGCAAUAAACGCAAUUCUACUUCAGCAACAGAUACACCGACACCUCCGAGAACUGCACGCGCUAAACGCAAUUCUACUUCAGCGACAGAUACAACAAUUACUGAACCCAAUAGUACUCCGAGACGUACACGAAAACCUACCCCCAAAGCUACGCCUAAAUCAGCUUCUACCCGUAACCCGCGCAGUCCUCUCGCUGGAGCUGACUCUACACCUCUUCCUUCAACCGGACCUAGUAGUGAUGGUAUUGAAGAGCUCACUGACCGGCUCAAGGACUUGAAUGCUGGAGAUGAAGAUGACAUGGAUCUUGAUUUAUCAGACGCCGAUUCUGUAAUCGCUACCCAGAGUGUUGUCAGUUACGGUCCUCGUGACCCACAACACCGAGACUAUGAUAAAUACCUGCCUGAUGGCCUUCAUGGUUCAUUGUAUUAUGACAUUGUUAUCAAACAUCUAUCGACGAAGCUAUACAAGAAAGAUGGGCCAGGCUAUGUUUAUAUCCUUCGAGUGACGCCAGUGACUCCAGACAAGGAUGGUGCAGAAUCAACAGACAACAAGAAAAUCAUCCUCAAAGUUGGAAGUUGCGGAAGCAUACCGGAACGGCUCAAAACGCUGUCUGAAAAAUGCAAACACUAUGAAUACGAGAUUAUCAGGGACUGGCCGGAAAUAGGCCUAAUAGACUUGUCAUACAAGGCUGAGAAACUGGCUCAUGCAACAUUGAAGCACCGGUCUUAUCAGUCUAAUUGUUUAUGCGACAAGAGACACACAGAGUUCUUCAGAGUAUGCCCUGAAGAAGUGAAGGACGUAUAUAAGUGCGUUAAGCAUUGGGCUCAUAUCAUGAAUACAUACAAGGAUGAACUAUGGCGUAAUGCAUCAAACAGAACACGUUCCUGAUCUCGUUGAUUUACAAGAUAUGCUGCUGCUCACGGAGCGGCGUGUGGCAUGCUGAGCAACAAGCAUCACUACCUUUUAUUUUUAGUCCUUGCAAGUUCUUACAUUCUGUCGAACAUUCUAAUAUAGUAUCUAUACUUUGUCUUAGGUCGCAUAUUACUUAUUUGGUUGCUGUCAAC